AUGCAUUCUUUUUACCGGCCGGCAGUUAUAUUUAUAUCUAUAUUGAUAACUGUGCAACCUGCUAAAACUCUUUACCGUUUAAUUUUCGAUGAUCCCGAUAUAUUUUGGAAUUGUCUUAACCGACCAAGAAUGCGUCAAAUCACUGACGCCAUAGACAUUAGUGGCCUGGAUAUUACUUACAAUGAUGAAGGCUUGCAUGUAAGUGGUUCAGCUGAACUUCUUUGGGAUAUACAGCAAACGGAUCGUAUAACGCUAAGACAUCGUUACGAACCAUUUCUAGUACACUUUAAUUUUGAAGACGUGCAAGGCAUCAAUAUGGAGGGACGAUAUAAAAUUGUAGGAAUUUUUGAAGCAUAUGAUGAAAACAACCAACCGCGACCUGACUCUCUUUGUGGCGAAGCUCCAUGUGAAAUAAUUAAAGUCUAG